AUAAAUAACACUCAAAAACCUAAUAAAAGUCGGCUAGAACGUGCUACUCAAUAUUCAGUCGCCAAUCGACGGGUAAAAUGGCAGCCACCGCCGCAAUAUCAGUUGCUUUCGCCGCCAGGAAGCUCCUCACUUCCUCCCCUCGCAAUCUCAAACAACCUCUCUCUCUCUUCUCUUCACAAAAAAGAUCCAGCUCCUUCCUCUCCAUCAGUUCCGCCCCUCUCCCCCUCCGAUUCUCCACCCUCCCCAGCAUAUCCGCCACGAUCUCCGUCGGCGACAAGCUGCCUGACGCCACACUUUCCUACUUCGACUCCGCCGACGAGCUCCAAACCGUGUCCGUCGCCGACCUAACAUCCAACAAAAAAGUCAUCCUGUUCGCGGUUCCGGGGGCGUUCACCCCGACCUGUUCCCAGAAGCAUCUCCCCGGAUUCGCCGCGAAGGCGGCCGAUUUCAAGGCGAAGGGGGUAGACACGAUUGCUUGCAUUUCCGUGAACGAUGCGUUCGUGAUGAAGGCGUGGAAGAAGGGUUUGAAAAUUGGGGACGAUGUGUUGAUGCUGAGCGAUGGAAAUGGGGAUUUCACUCGGGCGAUUGGGUGCGAGCUGGAUCUGAGCGAUAAACCGGUAGGAUUGGGGGUGAGGUCGAGGAGGUAUGCGAUGCUGGUCGAAAACGGCGUCGUUAAGCUGUUGAAUUUGGAGGAGGGCGGUGCCUUCAAUGUUAGCAGCGCCGAGGACUUGCUCAAAGCCAUUUGAUUGAUUUUCUUUUUCUAGUUUUGAAUUUCGCACUCUUCCACUUCUUUGAUUGCUCUAUGGUCUGGGAAUUUAUUUUGGUUGCUAAUAAUGAUAAUGCCUUGUCGAAUUCGAAUA